GCGCCCCGGAGGACUCCCUACAUUCUUCCCCCAUUACCUCACUGCCUCCGGUGGCUGCCGGGAUAGGAUCUGGAGGACUCGGGUCCCGGCUCGGCUCAGCCCUCCAGCCGCCCGGGGAAUCCCUCGAGUUGUGCCCGGCCGCCGCCACCCCGCCGCCGUUGGCCUGCUGCAGCCGCCCGGCCCGCGGACGCGCGGCGGCCCGCUUCUCUCGGCAGUCCCGACGCAGGCACAUGGCUCCAUGAAGCUGCGGGAAGAGGAGGCCGAGCGCCAGAGGUCCCGUCAGCCCCGGCCGCGUCUGGGCCAGGAGGAAAGGUACAGGAAGAAGGGAUGGAAUUGGAAGGAAGAAAAUUCAUUCCAGAGACAAAAUAGCUCCCCUCCUCCAUUGUAGCUGUUCCCCUGGGAAUACAAACUUUCUGCUUUCAGGUUCUGCAACAUUCCAGACCACAAGCACCAUAUCAGGAUGGGAAAAAGACGUUGUGUUCCUCCACUCGAGCCCAAGUUGGCAGCCGGCUGUUGUGGGGUCAAGAAGCCCAAAUUAUCUGGAAGUGGAACUCACAGUCACGGGAACCAGUCCACAACUGUCCCCGGCUCUAGUUCAGGACCGCUUCCAAACCACCAGCAUGUGGACAGCAACAGUGGACGGGAGAAUGUAUCGGACUUAACUCUGGGACCUGGAAACUCUCCCAUCACACGAAUGAAUCCUGCGUCUGGCGCGCUGAGCCCUCUCCCCCGGCCCAACGGAACUGCCAACACCACUAAGAAUUUAGUGGUGACUGCGGAGAUGUGCUGCUACUGCUUUGACGUGCUCUACUGUCACCUCUAUGGCUUCCCACAGCCACGACUUCCUAGAUUCACCAAUGACCCCUAUCCGCUCUUUGUGACCUGGAAGACAGGGCGGGACAAGCGGCUUCGUGGCUGCAUUGGGACCUUCUCAGCCAUGAAUCUUCAUUCAGGACUCAGGGAAUACACGUUAACCAGUGCACUUAAGGACAGCCGAUUUCCCCCCCUGACCCGAGAGGAGCUGCCUAAACUUUUCUGCUCUGUCUCCCUCCUUACUAACUUUGAAGAUGCCAGUGAUUACCUGGACUGGGAGGUAGGGGUCCAUGGGAUUCGGAUUGAAUUCAUCAAUGAAAAAGGUGUCAAACGUACAGCCACAUAUUUACCUGAGGUUGCUAAGGAGCAAGACUGGGAUCAGAUCCAGACAAUAGACUCCUUGCUCAGAAAAGGUGGCUUUAAGGCUCCAAUUACCAGUGAAUUCAGAAAAUCAAUCAAACUUACCAGGAAUAAUCACCUUGCAAUGGAGGAGUGAUUACAGUGGGAAAGAGAUGGCUCUGGGUACCGAAGUGAGAAGGUGACAAUCAGUUAUGCAGAAUAUGUCGCUUCUAGGCAGCACUGUCUCCAGAACGGCGCUCUUCACGCCCCGCCCCUCUACAAUCAUUACUCCUGACACCCGGCUGCACGACCAGUCCCGCCCCCCUGUGGCCACCAGUGGCUACGACAUCAUUGGAGCAGAUGCCUCCUCUUCCUGGUCCAGUUACUUCUAUUACUGCACCAUUUUAUGAUGCUAGCUUCCGUUGCCAAGUCUGCCUCCCACUGACUGAGGGGGUGUGGGGGUUACAUUUGAAUGAAACAGAACUUGAGGGGCCCAAGCCUUAUCUCAGCCUUUCCUCAAUAUGGGGUUCCGUUGGAUUGGGGCUCCCCCAUGACCACUGAGAAUACUGUGGGUUCCGAAGAGCCUUGUGUGAUGAUUUACCACAUGUGUGUUGGCCACACCUUGGAAGCUGGAAUCGAUGAUCCAUGGAGGCUUACUUACCCCCACUAACUCCCCACAGCCUCCCCAGAUCAAGUAGAUGUAUUCCCCUGGCAGUCUGGGCAACGGAGACCAACAAGAAACAUUUUUAGGUUGUUUUAAAUUCCUUUUUUUAAACUUCCAGUUUAUUGCGUACCAAGAGUUGAUCACUUCUCCAUGCUUCAUAUGUGAAUGCCAUGUUAGGGUUGAAUGUGGGUACCAUGAGUCCUUCAAGGCUCCUGGAUAGAGACCCUCACCAAGAUCAGAAGCCCUUUGGAUGGCGUUGCAAAUCCCAUUGCGCAGUAAGCCAUGAAGGUUUGAAUACCCACCCCCCUCUGCUGGAUUUUCUGGUACUCUGCAUCGAGUCUCCUGGUGUUGAACAGAGUUCUGUGGUUUAGCCUGCUGAGUAAUGGAAUGGAGAUGCCUCAUCGCUGUGAGCAGGUGUGAAAGGAGAGACCUCUUCCUCACUACCCGGCUACCUCUCCCUAUUCUGGUGGCAGUGCCUAUGUAGCUGGAUCUAGGUUCUCAAGCACAGACGUGCACACAGGUGGUUGGGUUUGGCUGUAGGAGGAUAUGUUACCAUAGAGUAUCCAGGGGCCUCUGAGCUGGUUUUCUUCACAGGCAAAUAUCCUGAGGGAGCCAUCAGUAGGAGAGUUCCUGUUUCUAAUUUGCCUGUAGAAGUGGGAAGACUUGGUAUUUCAGUCCAUAAUAGGACUCUAGAGCAAAGCUGUGUAAUAAAACAAGGUGAAUCGAUCUUGCCUACCACGCUGGGAAUCUUCACCCACCAGGGCAAAUUUCUAAGUUGCUCAUGUUGGUGUUUUAAACUUCCACGUGACAUUUCUCUUUCCUAUUUUUGCUCAUUUCCAAGUAGCUAUUGGCAAACUUUCCUUUCUUGCCUAUUUUUCACAUGUUUGGUGGCAAAAUUUAUAGAACUAGGGGACUUGGGAGAUGCUUUGAAAGCUGUCUGAAAGGCACUGUUAACAUGAUUCACAGGAAGAGGUGGCCAGCUCCCAGAGGAUCCUGAGAGCUUGUGUUGAACAACACACUUUUUGAGAACUCUUGAGGUGGAUUGGGUGUCAACUCAGUGAACGAACACAUGAUUUCAUAUAUUUUUGAGUUUUGUGGUAAUGGUGUGGCUUUACAAAAUGGGCAAAUAGUCACAUCAAAGAUCUUUUGAGUCUUCUGCCAGGGAUGGAAGAGGGAGGGAACCCAUGUGCUAUUUUAGGCAUUGCCUCAAGUUCCUGGGAAGGGAGAGGGAGGGGCUUGUGCUGCUGGUGAGGACCUGGGAUUUGUUGGGGGGGGUGCUGGUUACAGUACCUAGGCUCACUGCCCCCUCCAUUGCCAUGGCGGGUUUCUUCAUGUACAUGAAGGAGAAGGGGUUGGUCUUACAGUGCUACUGAGGGUGGUAAAUGCCAUGUUACAGAUAUGAUAGCAGGUGCUCCCAGAUGCCAUGGGUUGGUGUCAGGGUGGUUGGCUCUGAACUGAGCUACUCGCCUCCCAAUUUGUACAACAGUAUUGAUACAUAGGGCUACACUCAUUACUGUUCAAGCGUUCUAUGUUAAAGGUUAUGUUUAAUUUCUAAAGAUUUAAAAAACAAAAAGCAAAAAAAAUGGUGCUAAACUUCACCCCUGAGCACGCUCAGUGAGACUGGUCAUGCAAGCAUUUACAGUGCCAUGCGCCUCGAGCCCACUUUUCUUGUAGAAAUGCUCCCUAUUGUCUUCCCCAGUGUACAGUAUGUAUUUUAUUUUAUUGAAGGUGGGGUAAUACCUGCCAUUUACGAAAAUGAACAGAAAAUUUUAAAGCCCAAGAAAUGGGGGAAAAAAUCAGUGCACAAGAAUCGGGCGAAUGAAGCCCAGCAGCACACUGAAGCGGCUCGGUGGUUUUGGAGGGAGAAGCCUUACUCCCCGCACAUUCCCUCACGCUCCCGCUCAAGGCCAGCACUGGAAAUGCCUGAGUUCCCCUUGCUGCGUGAAGGGGGUCAGGAACUCAGCCAAGGAAACGCUUUGGCCCAGAAACAGUGGGCUAGUCAGUGUCUGUCCUGACUGGAACCUAGUCAGGAAGCAAGUGUAUGGUCAUGGUUGCCUCAUGGAAACGUGUGACAGAUGGCUCUCAGGAAAAAUAACCAAGUGUGGGUCAUCCAUGUGGCAGCUUGGCAUAGGGAAGUAAUAGCUCUGAACUGCUUUCCACACGUUGACCAAAGCAGUGGUGAUGGUGGCUGGCAUAUGCCGAAUAGGUGGUACAGUGUUUGUCCUUGAGCUGCUCGAGCUGAACUGGAGGUCACCACUGUUGUCAAAGAACCAGCCCAGCUUCGCUGGCUUGGCUUGGAGCUUGUUUCAUCCCUAGCUGUGAGUGCCUUUUGGUCUGGAAAAGUUGGCUUGUCUCAUCACACCCACAGCUAGGACCUUCUCUGUGUAAUACAGAUCGUCCUGUGUGACCUGAACUAAAGGAGAAUGUCUUUGAUCAUUAGAGUGUGUCAGUGUCGGAUGGUUUCCACUGUGAGCUUCAGACGUUUUCACUUCGUAAUACUAAAACAGCUCAUGUUAGAGACCCUUUCCACAUGAAAGGUUUGUAGUUAAAAUGUUACAUAUAUUUUACUGUUUAUAAUAAAAUUAUCUAUACAAAAGAAGUCCUGGGUGUUAAUUUUAAUUAUGCACAAGAUCUGUUUUCCAUCAAUAUGUUAACAUCUACAAUUUCACUAACUUGGUUUAUUUUCUGUUGAGAUUUGGGAGCUACAUGUUUUGUUUUCUGUGUUUUUUUAUUUUCUUUCCCUGAAGCAAGAGACUGGCCUUCAGUGUAAAGACUUCAGACCAAUUCUUUGUAUUACACUUGGUUGCCUCUUGGCCAUAUAACUUCUGAGUACAAAUCAUUGAACUCUUUAAUGAAGUAUUGUAGAGAAUAAAUCAUAAUGGGUAAAAAUAA